AUGACUUUAUUCAAGGCAGCCAGCUUCAGGCGGUUUCGUCGGCGCAAGGCUGUUCGACCGAAUGAAGGAUCUGCAUUAGCCAAAAAUACUCAAAGUGACCUCAGUCGACUAGUACGCACCGCGGCCCCUGCGGUCAGGAAGGUAUUCGAUGUAGAAAUGCAGUCGUUCUCCAAGCUGCACGCCCGUUAUCUUGCAGAACAUGGGAACCGAGAAAUACUUGACUGGGAUCGGAUCAAAUCGCCUAACGAUAAGCAGGUAAUUCCUUACAGCUUCCUUCCACAGGUUGCCGGUCCAGAUGUCUUGUCCAAGUUGGCAGUUCUAAAGGUCAAUGGGGGUCUCGGGACCUCUAUGGGUAUGAGUGGCGCGAAAAGUGCUCUCGAGGUCAAAGACGGGAUGACCUUCUUGGACCUCAUCGUGCAACAGGUCGAGCACUUGAAUACAGUUCACAAGGUCGACGUACCACUCAUCCUCAUGACAUCUUUCAACACGCACGAAGAUACAUUACGUAUCAUCAAGAAAUACGCAUCUCAACGCAUUAGCAUAACUACUUUCAAUCAGUCGCGGUAUCCGAGGAUCUGGAAAGAGACGCUGCAGCCGUGUCCUAAGCAUGCAUCAGACGACAAGACACACUGGUAUCCUCCAGGUCAUGGCGAUCUGUAUGAGUCGCUGAUGCAUACUGGCGUUCUUGAUCGUCUCCUUGCUGAGGGCAAAGAGUAUUUGUUCGUCUCGAACUCUGACAAUCUCGGUGCCGUAGUCGACCAACGCAUUCUUCAGCAUAUGGUUGACACUGAUGCCGAAUUCUUAAUGGAGGUCACCGAUAAGACCAAGGCAGACGUUAAGGGUGGCACUCUCAUCGAAUACGAUUCCUCCAUGAGGCUUCUGGAAAUCGCCCAGGUACCUGCGGACCACGUUGACGACUUCAAGUCAGUCCGGAAAUUCAAGAUCUUCAACACGAAUAACCUAUGGAUUAAUCUAAAAGCAUUGAAGCGGAUCAUGAAUGGAGGCGGCAUGGACCUGGACAUCAUCGUCAACCCAAAGAUGACUGACGACGGCCGAGCAGUGAUCCAGCUCGAGACCGCGGCAGGCGCAGCCAUCAAACACUUCAAGAACGCCCAUGGCAUCAACGUUCCCCGUUCGCGCUUCCUGCCCGUGAAAUCCUGCUCCGACCUCUUACUCAUCAGGAGCAAUAUAUACUCAUUGCAAAAUGGCUGUUUGCAUAUGAGCGACAGCAGAAUGUUCGGCAGCGUCCCGGUGAUCAAGCUAGGGGAUCACUUCAAGAUGAUAAAUGAUUUCCAGCCACGAUUCAAGAAGAUCCCUAAUAUCAUCGAGUUGGACCAUCUUACGAUAACGGGCGACGUUCAUUUCGGUCGAGGGGUGACACUUCGUGGUACUGUGAUCGUGGUGGCGAACGAAGGUCAAAGGAUUGACAUUCCUGAUGGUUGCGUGCUGGAGAAUCGUUUAGUCUCUGGGAAUCUCAAUAUGACGGUAAGGUUCAUGAAAGCCCCCAUGAACUUUAACACUUAUAGUUUUUAA